AUUCGGUUUAGAGCUCUAUUUUUCUCAUUUUCAAACAUAAUUUGUCAAAGGAAAGUUUUUUUGGAGUUAUUUCGAUUUUUGAACACUAAAAAGCUUUCUUUUUUUGCGAAUUUUGCAUUCAAUUACUUGUAAAAUCACAGCUAAUCAAAGGGCUCUUUUUUGUUAGUUCACGAAGGCCGCCCGGAUUCACUUAGGACAUUUUUCUUGGGACGGUUCAAGAAGCUAAAAAAACAUUUUCAUUUUUUUUAACACUUCAUGCGAGUAUACAGCAAAUUCAUUGAGACUUAUGAGCGUAUUAUGUAAAAAAAAAAAACAUUAAUUUAUCUCCAUUGAACUGUGAGUACUUUUUAACAAGAUCAAGAGCAAAAUAGCUCGGAGAAUUGCUCUUUCAAGUCCGAAAAAGCAGAGAAAAUGAAGCUGUGGCUGUAAAUCAAAAUGUGAUCGCAUUUUGAACUUUCGAGGGCUUCUGUCAACAUCUAAUUAGCGGUGUUGACAAUAAUCCAAUGAAAAUGAACGAGGCAUGCACUUCUCCUCCACCAGCCAGUACGGAGAGCGCCCCUCUUACAGGUAUUUAAACUACAGGUACGGUUAUUUGGAAAAUGAAACCUAAAAGGAAAGCUAAUACUAGAGGAAAUGAAUUCCACUCGAUUUUGAGACUGGGGGAACAGCGUUCUUUCUACGAUAAACUAAUACCACUUGUAAGGGAAAGUGCCAUUAUCUAUGAUCGUAAGCAUCCCUAUUAUGGAAAGUAUAAAGCUCACAGGAAACAAUGGGAAAUGAUCGCAAAGAAAGUUGGAAAAACAGUUUUUGAGUGUAAGAAGGCUUACAAAUAUUUGAGGGAUCAAUUUAGCAGAUGUUUUAAGGAUCCGCGGUCUACACGAAAAUCUUGGAUUUUCUAUGAUGCUUUGCGUUUCCUCGAAGGAAGGCUUGUUCGCUAUAAUAAGGGAAAUCCCUCUCGAAAGCCCUCUAAACCAGUAGCAGCGGAUGAUACAACAACAGAUGAUACGUCAAUGGAUGAUGUUACAUCAAAUGAUGAGACAACAAAUGAGGAAAGUUCUUCAGAGCAUUCAGAAGAGGAGAAAUCGAAUGAAGAUGAUUUAGAAGCAGUAGAAGCCACAAGUGCCGUAAAGGAAGAGAUUUUCGAAAUAUCUGACGAGUCAAAUAAUUUUUUCACCAUUUCGGAAGUUCAUGGAAAUGUCUCAUUGCCCCCCUUGGCAAAUGAACAGUUGGAGAUUUCUGCUGGAGCUCCUCCAGUUUUAUUGCCAAAUCACCCCACUGAGGACAUUGUAUCCUCACCGUCUUUGAUUCAUCAUUCAAAUCACAAUCAGGUGGUACAGGAAGCAUCAUCAUCGACUGGGACUAAUCCCGAUAUGCAGCAUAUAACCAAAUUGUGGAAUCAGUGGAAACCUUUCCUGGAGAUGCUUGUGAGUCAAUUGGCAAAAGUUCCGGAAAACAGAGUGUUUGAAUUCCAGGUUGAAAUUCUCAAAUUGAUCAAUGAUAAGCUCAAUGACUACAACAACUAAAAAAACGAUGAAAGAAUUAUGAAAAAUUCUAAUAUUUUGUGAUUUUACCCUCCGAUAAUAAUGUAUUUAAAAAAAAAAUGAAUUUAUAAAGGGUAUUAAUACUUUAGAAUAGCUAGAAGUGUAAUAAGAAUGAUCUCAAUCAUAUUGAAGUACAAAUAAUAGGUUUAGUUGACCUUUUUUUCAUUAAAAUAAAAGAAAUACUUACAAAUCUAUUGAAAUUAAUUCUUUUGUAAAAUAUAUUAAGGAAAUAAUAAAAGCUGGAUUUAAAGUU